AUACAGAACAUCGUCGUGGAAUCGUGGAAUCGUGGAAUCGCGCGAUGCACUGCUAGCAGCUUCUCCUGCCAUGACGGCGUUAGUGUAACCCAAAGCACAUACAAUGGUCCCUUCCUACUUCCCCAUGCUGAACCACAACGCGUAACGCGAAAUUCAUUCUCUUGGGCACCGCUCCGCCCGGGACAUUGCUCCGGUUGAAGCCAAUUCAUUCCAACCCGACGUACUGUUGCUCACUGCUCACUGCUCAUUGUUCACUAUACUCUUCUACUCACUACUCGACAAUCAAUUCUUUCUUUUCUCUCCUCUUCUUCUUCUCUUCCACUUCUGAUUGUGUCGUUACCCACCGUCUCUUUCCAGUCCAUCCUCCGUCUUCCUCUCUACGUCCAACAGUCGCACCUCGACGUCUUCCUAUUUUCCACCACCGGAUUGUCUCUCUCAGAGCGAUUUAUCUGACACUUGUACUCCUCCUCGAGAUAUACUUGUCAUUAUCGCCCCUAUGCUACAAUGACGAUCUUCGUUGCAAGCCUCUUCUUGCCGUAUACGGUCAACUUCGAUGGCCCGCCAUCCUGGACUGGCUCGGGGCCCGAGUCCCCAGAGAUACACAAAGCCGGCUCCAGCCUUCCAGUCAAUGCCACUUCUCCAGUAGCCUUAUCUCAGACACCCAAAGCAGACAGUCUAUCCUCUGUCAGCCUGUUUACACCCAAGUCAAAUGCGGCCAUCCCCACAGCCCUCACCAAGACCCCAGACUCCUUGAUUCAGACACCAGGAGCGACCACCGAUCAUGAGAGUAUCUUCCGUCCUCAUGUCCAGCGUCCCAUGGCGCUAUCCCUUCCAUCGCACGUCAAGCAGAAACAAGAGCAGGGUCAGAAGGUGGUCGAGGAAAACAUCCCGUCGGCUGCACGUCCAGUAACACUCAAAGAGCUUCGAGGCAUCUCCCGCCACGAUAUACACUCUCCGGGAUGGGGCAAGAGCUUUGUAUGGAAUCAGCCACCGUCGAGGGCCAAGUCACCUCCACCAAGUUCGAUUCUAAAGCAUGCGGCGGUCGAGGUUAGGGAGAAGGCUGCGGCUGUGCUACAGAAAGCCCAGAAGAAGUCGGGGCGAGGCGGGCAUCGAAGAUCAAGGACAGUCAGUCACGACCGCCGGUUUUCGGAAUUCGACUACACUGUGGAGAAAGCAGUCAUAGGCAACGGAGGCCUAUUCAACGCCAUUGAUGCUGCUGCCGAUGCCGAUCUACUCGAUGAGAAGUUGUGGGUAGGCACUCUGGGGUGUCCCAUUGAUGUCUUGGAAGACCACAUGAAAGAGAGCAUCGCAGAGAAAUUAGAAAAUGACUAUGACUCUUUGGCAGUCUACGUCAGUGACAGCGAUCUCAACGGACACUAUGAACACUACUGCAAAACCAUUCUAUGGCCCGUCUUCCACUACCAGAUCCCCGACCACCCAAAAAGUAAAGCAUACGAGGACCAUUCGUGGGUCUUCUACGUCAAAGUCAACGAAGCGUUUGCCGAUCGGAUAGCAAACAACUAUAAGAAAGGAGAUAUCAUUUGGAUCCAUGAUUAUCACUUACUGUUGGUGCCGGGCUUGCUCCGACAAAAGCUUCCCGAGGCUGAGAUUGGUUUCUUCUUACAUACGGCAUUCCCAUCAUCUGAGAUUUUUCGCUGUCUCGCAGUCCGAUCAGAGUUACUGGAAGGUAUACUCGGCGCCAACAUGAUAGGAUUCCAGAACGAUGAGUAUGGUCAUCACUUCCUGCAAACUUGUAGCCGCUUAUUGAAUGUCGAAGCCACCAAACAUGGCGUCAUCCUUGAAAAUGGUCGUUUCGUCCAUGUUAACACCUGCCCCAUAGGGAUUGACCCGAAAGCUCUCGAUCAGCAACGCCGGGCACCAGAGGUACUCGACUGGGUCAAGACAAUACGAGAAAAGUAUCGAGGGAAGCGUAUUCUCGUCGGGCGAGACAAGUUGGACAACAUUCGGGGAGUUCGUCAGAAGAUUCUCUCCUACGAGCUCUUCCUUAACAAAUAUCCUCAGUACAAGGAUCAGGUGGUGCUCAUCCAGAUUGCCACUUCUUCUACCGAGGACCCUGAAUUAAGCGCCACAGUUGCCGACAUUGUUACUCGGGUCAACUCGACCCAUUCAACCCUGGCGCAUCAGCCACUGGUCUUCCUGAAACAGGACAUUGACUUUGCACAAUAUCUCGCGCUUUUGACCGUGGCUGAGUGCCUGAUGAUUACCAGCCUGCGUGAAGGAAUGAAUCUGACCAGUCACGAGUUUGUCAUGUGUCAGGACGGCAAAUUUGCCGAACCCAAACAUGGCCCACUUGUGCUUAGCGAAUUCACUGGGUCGGCGACGGUCUUUGGGCACGACGCUAUUCUGGUAAAUCCCUGGCACUACACUCAGUGUGCCGAGGCCAUCAAACAAGCACUUGAGAUGUCGCCCGAAGAGAGAGAGCGUCGGUGGAAAGGGAUGUACGAUAUUGUCGUGAACCAGAAUGCCACGACGUGGUACGAUCGCUACAUGAAGGCUCUCAAUCGUGCUUGGAAGGAACAUUCGGUUCGAGAAGCGACUUCGGUGCCACGAUUGUCCGUAAGUUCGGUCAAGUCGAAAUACCAGAGCGCUUCGAAACGCUUAAUCAUUCUUGACUACGAAGGAACUCUAGCAUCCUGGGGCUCUCCGGCUGACAUCAUCCUUACAACCCCGAAACGUGCCAUCGAUGUUCUGAAUGACCUUAUUGAGGACCCGAAGAACAUGGUCUAUGUGAUGAGCUCGCGUAUGCCGGAGGAACUGGAACGUUUGUUUAGCCCUGUGGGUGGUCUUGGAAUCAUCGCCGAGAAUGGUGCCUAUGUCAAGGCACCGGACACGGAUGAAUGGGAAGAGCUGGCUAACUCCGAACAUGCCAAAGUCUGGAAGAAAGGAGUCCGCAGCAUCUUACAAUAUUAUGUAGACAGGAUUGAAGGCAGCAGAAUUGAAGAGCGGCAUUCGGCUGUCGUGUUUGAUUAUGCCGAGGCCGAGGAUGUGUCUGGAGCUUUCAAGCAAGCGGGCGAGUGUGCUAACCACAUCAAUGAUGCCUGUCAGGGACAGAACGUCUGUGCGGUACCAAUCGAAGACGGAUUAUACAUCUCUGAAGUUGGGAUCAACAAAGGACUCGCUGCUCAGAUGAUCACCGAUAGUUUGGAAAAGCUGUAUGAGACUCGGGGUGAAUGCAUGCCUGAAUUUCUGAUGGUUAUUGGCGAUUCGAGAGAGGACGAGUAUGUUUUCAACUGGGCCCACAAAAUGGAAAAGGCCGGCACCAUCAAGGACGUCGUUACUGUGACUGUGGGAGCGAGGAACACCGAAGCUUCUGCAACCUUGACCCAAGGAGUGACUGGCGUCCUGUCAAUCCUCGAGAAGUUGGUCCGCAUUUCACAAGGGUGAAGCAACCACUGCUCUACUCCACCGGGCCCAUACUUGCAGAACUCUCCAUGACAUCCGUACACCAUCCAGGGUCUUUCGUUGCGAAACUUUGACCAGAGUGUUGGUUAUGAAUGAAUGAUGGGACGAAACAAAACGUAAUAGACAGAACUGCAUCUCUUCGAUACCCUGUGCAUUACUAUAGCGAUAGAAGGAAAGAAGUGAUUCUAGUGUAUUGCAAUUCAACAC